GCAGAAAUUCUUCUUUAACUCUCUCGACGUUUUCAGGUGUUGUGGCAGUCGCCUGAUUUCCAGACCCUAUUGCAUUCACACUUCCACUUGCCCAAUAUAAGUUCACCUACGUAAAAAUCGAUUUCCAAUCAGGAAUCUGACCUGAAGAACGAAUACGGAACCGAGUGCGGAAUGAUCGUUGAGUAGCAAUAAUGGAACGGCCUUUAGAAAUGUACGCCUCGACAGCAAACGCACGCUUCUCACUUGUCCAAUGCAUAGUGGCAACUAACUAGAAAGGACAUAAAACUUUACGGCCUGGCAUUUCAUAUGAAAUAUUCCCCGUCUUUUUACUACAACAUCUAGCGGCUUGACGUGAAAUACAAAACAGAAAGUUUUCUUGAAUCACCCUGGAAACAAUAGGCUGCUCAAGGAUGUGGUAAGAAAGUGGAAAUCUUUCAAUUAUAUGCACAUCCAAUUUACCAACGAUGAUUUAUGACCUCUAAUUUCUGCUCCUUCUCAGGCAUAUUAUUUAUUGAAUUGCUAAGUCAUUAUAACAGAAAAAUUAUUUUGCAUGACUUUUAUGAGCAUAGAGCCUCAUUACAUUAUUAAAACAUUUUCAAAUAAAACCUGCUUUGAAAAUAAUCAACGAUAGUUCAAUGCUUAUCUGGAAUCCUGUGCUCGAAUAUUUCUGACCGCGGGCAGAGCUACUAUCAUGAAUUUUCUUCAACGCAGUGAUCAACUAUUUAUUCCUUCAGCGAACUUGGUCAGGAUAGUUGGGAAGUAAGCAGGCAACCUCUAUUACAUUUAUAGAGGCAACGGCAGGAUGGGUAUUGGUUGGAUUAUGGAUCCCAGAUCCGGUAUCAAGAAGGAUCCGGUGGAUCAAGUGGUUGGUCGCUGGAAAGUAAACAUUUUCUUUCUGUUGCUGGUGAGCUCCCAGGAGUUGAUCCUACCGUGGUUACCCGCCGUUCUCCAGGCUUCAGGGCUCACGGGUAUGGGGGUUGGUUUAGUCAUGACUCUCAUCACCCUCUCAGGAGUCGUGAGCGUAAAGGUUGUUCUUGUGUUGAUUACAGCUACGAAAAGUGGUGCGCUAAGAAGGUUCCUUCUGUUCUUCCUAUUGUUUUCAGCUUUCAUCAUGUAUGUGGUAGCGAUAGCUGCUCUUCCAAAAGAAAACUCCUAUAGUCGCUGUUCCUCCAAUUCAUUGGACAAAUUUCCCCUGGAGGCUAACUCUACGCCGACUAGUUCAGAAAAUCUCAAUGCAACCACAAUGACUGCACAAAUUGCCACUUCAACUUCCUCGAAUUUUAAUAAUGUUCAAACUACAACCGACACAUCUCUCAAUCUCGAAAAUAUCGCUCACGAAAAAACUGAUCCAAUCCAACUAUCAACAACCAUCAAAAUCACCGCAUUUUUCACAACAGAAGCACCAAAGCAAUUCACUUCUCUAAAAAGUACAUUUUUAUUAGAUAAAUCAACAGAAUCGGGAGUUUUUGGUUCUCAGAAACCACGUAACUGGUCAGCCUUGACCACAACGACUACAAGUUACGAAAUUAUUGGUAAUGAAAAUAUCCUAGAAUCGUCCAAGACUAACGACUAUAAUAAAGGUGGUCAUGAAGGUACAAUUGUGUUGAAUGAUGAUAUAAAUGGAAUCCAGAAUGAUAUAAAUUCGAACACGCGAGAGCAAGCGGCGUGGAAACCAGGAGCUAAAUUUUCAUCUACUUUCGUAGGGAGCAAUGUUGGGCUCCCUUCGAGCAGAUUCUUACAUAGGAAAAAAUCAUCAAAACUAUUGCACCAAAAUGUAAACUAUCAUAUCCCCUUGGAGCCUUCAUCGGAACGCAACGAUGAGAAGUUAUACGAAAACGUGAACAACAAUAUAAAUUCAUUUGGCGAUUCUUCUGCUAACAAAAAUAAUUCAGAGCAAAUAGAUUACCAUUUUAAAAACCAUAACUUUGGAUUAGAUAACAAACUUUACAGUCAACAUGUUUCGCAUACCAUCGUCAAGCGCAAUCUAAAUAAAAAAUCAAUAUUCAACGCAAAUGACAUAGGAGGUCAGCUGGGUUCACAAAGGCCACAGCACGAAGAAACAGAUCCAGACCAACAAUCCAGUGCCACCAAGUCUUUUGACCUAGACGAAGAAAAAAUUGAGAAAUUGAAAGAAAUCCUAGAGGAGGUUGAAGCUCAGGUCGACUCUGAAACUCCGUCGGCGUCAUCAUCAAACUCAAGAACGUGGUUGUGGGUGUCAAUCCUGCUGGUUAGUGCCACACUGAUGUCAGGUGGCUUGGAGGCGGGGGUGACACGUUUAUGGCACUGCUACAGCCACUGCUAUCACCUCUUCCACCACAGACCCAGGCAAGAUAUCAACAGCGAUGACUUGCUGGAGCGAACCCUCACGGACACUUUCGAGCUCAGCGCCAACGGCGAACACUACGGCUGGACAAGAGUCAUUUCCAGCGGGGUGGUCGUCGCGUCUGCGGUUCUGCUGGCUUUUGGGUGCCAGGUGGGUCUGCCCCCAGGCUGGUCGCUGGCGGGCCAGGCGGGACUGUUCACCGUCGGUAGUGUGCUCGCUCUGGCGGCCCUCCUCCUGCUGCUGCCUGUCCCCUGGGGGUCCAUCAAACCCCCCAAGAUGUCGAGGCCCUUGAGUUUGUACCUGGACGACGAGGUGUUAUGGGAAGGUCUGCGUCGUAUAGCCUGUCCUCUCGGCACCGCAGUGCACGGCCUCCUCAGCUCCCUGCCCUCCGUGUACGUCGUGCUGAUGCUCUCCAGCCGCAGUCAACAGCUGAGUUUCGGUUCGGCCCUGGCUGUGGUGGGCGUCUCCUUCUCGCUGCUGGGCGAAGGCUUGGCGCUCUGCUGCCGUCAGCGAUUCACAUUCCUGCUGGACUCUCCUGGGCUAGUUGGCUUUUCACUGGGCAGCCUUGCCGCCCAGAUGAUCUUUACGUACGUCCUGGACCAAAACUCGUGGGUCCAGUGGCUGGUGGCUGCGUCCUGGAUCGUCGUUGGAGUCGGGCACUCGCUCAUCACGAUCUCAGUGCGACAGAACGCCCUCAUGCUGGCCACUAUCCGGGAUCAAGAGCGGGAGGCGUGGGUGUCAUGGGUGAGCAGCAAAGUGGGCACCGCAGUGGGCUCGUUCAUAUGGCCUUUCAUUGCGGUGCUCAAGUGGGGCAGCCUGACUCACUUGGACCAACUCCUGCUGCCGCUGUCCAUCACCGCAGUUCUACUGGCCGUCGCCGUGGCUGUCGUGGCCUUACUCACGAGGUCGCGACGAGCGGCCCGCAGACGUGUCUACCACACGCUCGACCUGCACACCGCGGGCGACGCAGACGACGAAGAGUCAGAUGAAGAGGAAGAUUGGCUCGUCCGAGGCGCCCGCAAAGAGGGCAUGCUUCUCUAGGUUUUUGUUUAUAUUAUUAUUCUUACAGCAGGUUUAUCUUCUUUUAUAGGGGUGCUUGCAGUUCAUUUUAUUACGGUAGUUUAUAUUUUUCAUGCGUUUCACUUUAAUUCACCUUGAAAAUCAUCCUUUUGACAAUAAUGAAAGUAUAUGCUUUCAAGUAGUAUUGCAAAUCCAAAAAGAAUAAGCGGUCAGGUUUUCAUAAAGGCCUGAUCAUGCGGUAUGCGAUGCUCACGCACUCCUGUCGGAGUGGUGUCUGGGUAGGUAGCUGGAUUGGUUAGUUCAUUCUCCGACCCAUAGUUAUGUGAAUAGUGAUGAACAACAUGUGUGUACAAAUUACGAAGCUUUCUCUAUGCACAUAUAACAGUUGAAUUUUUGUCCUUGCAUUAGAACAGUGGUUCCCAAAGUGGGCAGUACUGCCCCCUGGGGGCGGUGGAAAGAACUUGGGGGGCGAUGAGGAAGAAGGGGGCAGUAGGGGGGCAUCAGUCCCCGAACUCGAGGUCAAAAGUUCGAACGUUUGUUUGACGAUUUGUACACAACACGAGCAGCACACUGAUCCCAACAAUGGGUAUUUCUACCCAUAUCUGUUUUUUUUAUCCUCUGGGUCUUGGUUUCUAGUGUAAAAUUUUGAAAAUAUUUUAAACCUGGAUUUUUGUGUAUCUGAGGGGCGGGGGGGGGGGGCUAUGUGAAUAUUAUGUGUCAGGCCGCUAGGAAUUCACCGGGGAGCCAAGGGGGCGCCAGCCUGAAAAAGUUUGGGAACCACUGCAUUAGAAUAUAAAUUUUUGGUCCUAAUAAAGUAUGUUGGCAUUCAGACUAUCAUUAUGUCAUUGAAUGUAUUGAAAAUUAUGUAUUAUUUCAUUAAAUGUAUUGAAAAUUAGAAGAUCAGAGAGAUGAAUGCUUUUUUAUUGCUGUUUAGAAAAAAAUCAUAAAAUUAGAUGUUUUUGAUGCAAGAAAACAGUCUUCAGAAUUGUAGUUUUAAAGUAUUUUAUACAAUUUGUUCAUUCCUGUCAACUUGAUAAUUACGAAGAGCCGACUUGUUAUGUUACAACUAUUUUAGCCACAGGGUGUUUUAUUAAUUUUAUAAAUGGAACAAGUAAAUGUUCUCAUACGGUC